AUGCAUAGUAUAGUGGUGUCAAACAUUCCCCUAGCAGUUUCUAAUGUUACUGUGAUGAAAUUCCUCCAAUUACACGGUCUGGUUGUUGAACAUAUCCAGGCUUUCCCUGAUGACUAUCAUCAUGUGAACGAAGUGGCGCAAACCAAAUCUUUACAGAUUUUCACGCCACGGGAAGAGGGGAAGCACUUGAUCAGUGAUCUUCUAAGCCAGCAGUUAUCUACGGAAAAGAUGCUCGAAUUGGAGGAGCUGCCGCGCCGUGCUGGCGGUAGUGCCGGUAGCUCGGAGCGCGGUCUGCUGGGCGGAAAGCGGUUAUCCGUGACAAUAUUAUGA